AUGAUCGCUGACAUAAUCAACUUCGUCGUCUCUCCCUCUCUCGUCGCCUCGGCGCGCCAAAUGGCGCGAAUACGAGAAGUAUGGCAACCCAACCUAGAUGCAGAAAUGCGUCUUAUUCGAGACCUCAUCGAAGACUUUCCGUACGUCUCAAUGGAUACAGAAUUUCCUGGUGUUGUGGCCAGACCAAUGGGCAACUUCAAGACGUCCUCCGACUAUCACUACCAAACAAUGCGAUGCAAUGUCGACCUACUCAAGAUCAUCCAAGUAGGCCUAACGCUUGCGGAUGAGAAUGGCAAUUUCCCUCAAGAGGCGUCGACUUGGCAGUUCAAUUUCCGCUUCAGCAUCAAUGAAGACAUGUAUGCACCAGACUCAAUAGAGUUGCUGCAAAAGUCGGGCAUUGACUUCCAACGACACGAGGAACUCGGCAUUACGCCAAACGAGUUUGCAGAGUUUGUCAUAACCUCUGGUCUUGUUUUGACCGACGACACCAAAUGGAUAUCGUUUCACAGUGGCUACGACUUUGGCUACUUUGUCAAACUCCUCACUGCCAUUUCUCUUCCCACCACCGAAGACGACUUCUUCGACCUUCUCUCCAUAUGGUUCCCAACUGUGUACGACCUCAAGUACAUGAUGCGAGCAACCAAUAAUCUAAAGGGCGGACUCCAAAACUUGGCAGACGACCUCGGAGUCCUAAGGAUCGGCCCGUCGCAUCAAGCCGGCUCAGAUUCCCUUCUUACUGCGUCCACCUUCUUCAAAAUGCGUGAAAUCUAUUUCAACGACACCAUUGACCACACUGAGUAUUCGGGCAAGCUAUACGGCCUUGGUCAGACGGUGAAUAUCACCAAUGGGUUAGGAUAUGGUGAUUCAACGCGGAGUGGGGCGGCCACAAUCGCAGAGCGAGAGGACAGGAGUUUAGCGAGAGAUCGAGAAACGCACAACCAGACUCCAGGACCGGCAACAGCGCAUAAUGGUGUGCCAAUGCUGUCAAAUGGACCGUUACAAACACCGUCAUCUUAUCAGGUUAUGGGUGGCGCUCCAUUUCUACGGCCAACGCUAGUUGCACCACGAUAG